AGACAUGCUGUACACAGAGCUCACACUGAAGAUAAUGACAUGGAUGUGGAUUACAGUCGUGCUUUUUAAUAAAAUUGCAGGUUCUACGCAGACAAAAGGCGUCAAUCAACCAAACCCAGUGAUUACUGCUGAUGUUGGUGAUGAUGUGACGCUGCGCUGCUUUCGACUGGGAGAGGACAAUACUGAUGCCAUCAUUUGGUACAAGCAAAAAGUCGGACACCGGCCUUGUGUAAUGGUCACAGUUCAACAAGAACCCACUUAUGAAGCUGAAUUCAAGCCACCAAAAUUCAACAUCGAGAAAGAAAAUAAAGAAAAAGGGAGCUGCCAUUUGAAAAUUGCAAAGGUGGAAGAAUCAGAUGAAGCGAUGUAUUACUGCGGAUUUCGAGAUUUUUUAACAAGGUUUGGAAAUGGAACAUUUUUAGCAGUGACAGGUGAUGGAGAUGUAAAAGUGUCAGUGAUCCAGAGCGGCGUGUUGGACUCGGUUCCUGCAGGAGCGUCAGUGACUCUGCAGUGCUCGGUUCUCUCUGAGAGCAGAGCAGCAGAACACCAAGUGCUCUGGUUCAGAGCUGCUUCACCACAAUCCCAUCCUCAAAUCAUUUACACUCAUCACAGCAGCAGCCGUCAGUGUGAGAGCGGCUCUUCUACACACACCUGUGUGUACAACUUCUCCAAGAACAUCCUCAGCAUCAAUGAUACUGGAACUUACUACUGCACUGUGGCCGUGUGUGGGAAGAUCAUUUUUGGGAACGGGACUCGAGUACAGUUGGAGAGAUCUGUCAUGGAUCCUGUAGUGAUCUGUCUCGCUGGAGCUUUGGGAGUGUGUGUGGUUGUGAUCUUUGCUUUGAUCUUUAUCAUAACCUGUAAAGGAAGAAACAGAGCGAGCCUCAGAGGUGGUUCUGUGAUAGACAAGACACUCAAUCAGGACUGUGACACUGUGGAGCUGAAUUACGCUGCCUUACAUUUUGGUGAGAGGGGAGCCAAAAGAGGAAGAGUAAAGAAACAACAACCUCGAGAUAUUAUAUAUUCUGAUGUACAACAUAAUUCUGUAACUUAGAUUUGAUCUCUGAUCUGAUUCAAUGUCAUUAGUUCUGUUAUCAGGUUUCAUUUUUACUUUAAAUAUGUUUUUGUUGAGGGCGGCACGGUGGUGUAGUGGUUAGCGCUGUUGCCUCACAGCAAGAAGGUCCGGGUUCGAGCCCCGGGGCCGGCGAGGGCCUUUCUGUGCGGAGUUUGCAUGUUCUCCCCGUGUCCGCGUGGGUUUCCUCCGGGUGCGCCAGUUUCCCCCACAGUCCAAAGACAUGCAGGUUAGGUUAACUGGUGACUCUAAAUUGACCGUAGGUGUGAAUGUGAGUGUGAAUGGUUGUCUG